UUUUAGGCUGUCCGUGAACAUGCCUGACCAGAAAAGCUGUACAGGACCCCCGAUUCCACGUCUGUCCUCAUUACACUGAUUGAUCGGACAAAAUGACUGUAGAGGUGGAGAGAAAAUUUGUUUGUAAUGCAGAAAUUAUGGGGAAACUACCGCAUAUUGGAGCUAAAUGCAUUGGUCAGCGGCAGUUUCAAGACCAGUACUUUGACUCUCCAGAUUUCAUCCUCACACUAAAAGAUUUCUGGCUGAGAUGCCGAGAGGGAUUGUGGGAAUUGAAAUGCCCUGCAGUUUCAGGAACUACACCUGACAAUGAAACUCAGGCCCUUUGCUCACGAUACAGAGAGAUAACCAGUUUCCCUCUGAUUCAAUCAGAAGUCAAAAGGAUUAUCAGGGAACACACUGCUGAAGGGAGUGAAUCAAAUUCCUCACAAAGGGAACAAAUUGACAAAGUGGCAGAAAAUGAGGACACAGAGAUCUGUUCAGCAGAUGCCACAAAGUGGCUGUCUGACCUCAAUCUCAUCUGUUUUGCUGAGUUCAAGACCAAGCGCUGCUCAUUCAUGCUAGAGAGAGACGGUGCAGUGCGGGUGGAUCUGGACCAGGCUGAUUUCGGAUAUUGUGUGGGAGAGAUUGAGGUUCUGGUGCCUGAAGGAGGUGACAUGAAUGCAGCUCUGCAGAGGAUUACAAGCACUGCUGCAGAACUGGGUUUAAGCUGUGAGAAGAGAGUAAAGGGGAAAAUGGAUAUUUACCUUCAAAGAUAUCAACCAGACCACUAUGCAAAACUUCUCAAUGCUCAUAUUUUAUGAGGAAUCACUAGUGUAACAUGUAAUUUGUAGUUUUUAAUUGUGAUUAAUUUA